GUUUUUGAAAUGGCAAAACCUUUAGAUCACAUUAAGAGACCCAUGAACGCGUUCAUGGUGUGGUCCAGAGGCCAGAGGCGAAAGAUGGCUCAGGAGAACCCAAAGAUGCACAACUCUGAAAUCAGCAAGAGGCUCGGCGCGGAGUGGAAGCUGCUCUCCGACUCGGAGAAACGUCCGUACAUCGACGAGGCCAAGAGGCUGCGGGCUCAGCACAUGAAGGAGCACCCGGACUACAAGUACAGACCCCGGCGCAAACCCAAGAGUUUACUGAAGCGGGAUCGUUUCGUUUUCCCCCUGCCGUCUUUGCUCGGGGACGCAGCCGAGCACUUGAAGGGAUUUUCCAUGGACUCUUUUCUCGCCACCGGAGAGAAAGCCAGGGCUCUCCUCGCUCCCACCUCGCCGUCCUACUCGCUCUUGGACCCGGUCGGGCAGUUCAGCACCGGAACUGUCCAGCGUAUCACGGAGAUCCCGCACACCCUGGCCGCGAGCGCCUUGCCCUACAACGCGCACACAUUUGGAUACCAAACAGGAGGGAUAGGAGGUUUGGCUUGUCCCGGACAGCACACCCACACUCACCCGUCACCCUCCAACCCAGGAUAUGUGGUGCCGUGUAACUGUAGCGCGUGGUCUGCGGCCAGUUUACAGCCUCAGGUGGCCUAUAUCCUUUUCCCUGGCGGCGUGACAAAGACUGGCAUGGACUCCUACACCUCCCCCAGUUCAAGUGUGUGA